UGAACAGAGCUCUCAAAUCUUUUCAUUUCCAUUUUUUGAUCCAAAAUCUCUGAACCAAAAAAACCAUGGCCACGCCUUCCGCACGUGACGAAAACGUCUACCUGGCGAAGCUCGCCGAGCAAGCCGAGCGCUACGAGGAGAUGGUCAAGUUCAUGGAGAACGUCGUCUCCGCCGUACCCGCCCCCGACGAACUCACCGUCGAGGAGCGGAACCUCCUCUCCGUCGCCUACAAGAACGUGAUCGGCGCUCGCCGUGCCUCCUGGCGGAUCAUCUCCUCCAUCGAGCAGAAGGAGGAAGGACGUGGCAACACCGACCACGUCUCCGUCAUCCGUGAGUACAGGGCCAAGAUCGAGGCCGAAUUGUCCGAGAUUUGCGCCGGAAUCUUGAAGCUCCUCGAGGAGAAGCUCGUUCCGGCCGCUGGGACCGGUGAUUCCAAGGUAUUUUACCUGAAGAUGAAGGGAGAUUACCACAGGUACUUGGCUGAGUUCAAGACUGGCGAUGACCGGAAAGCGGCUGCUGAGAACACGCUCACUGCCUAUAAAUCUGCUCAGGACAUUGCGACUGCUGAGCUGGCCUCAACUCAUCCUAUCCGAUUAGGAUUGGCUUUGAACUUUUCCGUCUUCUACUAUGAGAUCUUGAACUCUCCGGAUCGUGCUUGCACUCUUGCGAAACAGGCUUUCGAUGAAGCCAUCGCAGAGCUGGAUACUCUUGGAGAGGAUUCAUACAAGGACAGCACUUUGAUAAUGCAACUUCUCCGUGAUAACCUCACUUUGUGGACCUCGGAUAUGCAGGAUGAUGGGACAGAUGAGAUCAAAGAAGCUCCCAAACAUGAUGAGGAGAAACAAGGAUGAAGUAGCUAAUCUUCACGGUAGUAUUUCACUUCUCUGGUUGUUUUUGUGUGGAGAAGUCGCUUGGUCCUACUGUUGCCUUCCAUUACUCGUUUUUAGUAGAUCAGGCCUCAUUUUAUGAACCUUGGAAGUACUCGUGAAAGUUUCUUAGUAGUUCACUGGUUAUCUGUUCCAAGUUGAAGCUUUUCUGGCUUUCUAAUUACUGUGAGUUUAUAUGCACACUUUGUUUAAUUGUUUUGUUGACAAUAAGGGAGCUGAUGAUUUGAGAAAUUUCCUAAGCUGAAGGUUUGGAAUAUGCUUGCUU